AUGAGCAACGAGGAAGACGCCGCAUCUACCAUUGAAGAAAUCGUUGAACGACAUCCAGAGGAUACCCUGGUGCAGAUACAAAGGCGACUGAAGGAGGACGACAUCAAUCUAGCCGUGUCUACGAUUUUCAACGCCUUGUUGAAAUUGAAAAUCACACUGAAGAAGAGCCAUCACGAGCUCGAUCGUGUAAACAGCACCACGACGAUUGCAAGCCGUCAGGCCUAUGCUCUCGACUUUACUGCACAUGCACCGCCGCAGGACAAGGAAAAAUGCAUCUUCAUCGAUGAAUCCGGAUUUAACCUUCACCUAAGAAGGACACAAGCUCGCUCCAAACGAGGAAAACGCGCCAACGUUGUACUACCAACCGUGAGAGGCCGCAUGGUGACGCUAAUUAUUGCCAUGAAUACUCAAGGCAUCGUUCAUUCGAAAAUCAUCAAUGAUGGAACCUGCAACAGCCCUAAGUUCUGUGCUUUUAUCGAGGAGCUUCUGGCUGAGAUCCACGACAGAGAGGAAAUGAAUGGUGCAUGGCUGAUCAUGGAUAACGCCAAGAUUCAUAAGACGGAGGAGGUGCGACGACUCUUGGAUGACACACCGUAUCAGCUGAAAUUCCUCUCGCCAUACUCCUAUAUGCUGAACCCGGCUGAGAAUGUCUUCUCAAAGAUGGUGAAGGUUUUUUUGAAUUUUUCGAAGUGA